AUAAUUCAUUUUCUUCUUUCUUCUUCUUCUCCUAAUUUUCCUUCAAAGUUCCAAAAAAAAAAAAAAAAAAAAAAAACUACCAUGGAAGGACUCAUUCCAUUAGUAUACAAAACAAUUAAGAGAAGCAAAACUCGUAGAAAAUAUGAAUGUCUCUCUAUUGGUGUUGCAAAUACAUACAAUAUUGAAAAUUUUUAUCCAAAUAAUAGUACAAAACAAUAUGAAAUGCCAUCGAUCGAUGAUCAGAAGAUGGUGGUUGACAAUGGUGGUGGCGAUCACAUAGAUAAAGAACGUCUUCAUAGACGAACACAAUCUCUCCACGUGGAUAGUAAUCCGAUGAAGGAUAAACAACUUGUGAAAUUCAGAAGUCAUCGUAGAAUGUUUUCAUGUGUAAGUGGUGUAUGAAAAAUAAUUAAAAUUAAAUGUUUAUGAUAUGAUAGCCUCUCAAUCAUUUUUGUUGGUUA